CGCGCCGAGCCCCGCCGUGCCCGGCCCGCGGCAUCCCGCAGCACGCUGCGCUGCUCGGGGAAAUGGCGAAGUAGAGGGGAUACGGGGAGGAGGGGGGGGAAACCGACGAGCAAUGGUACCUCCUUGCAGCUAAAGGUGGUGGUAGGUGGCUGCAGAGCGCGGCACGGAGCUUGACCUCGGUUUGUUUUUGGGACUGCAGGCGAGAGUGACAAAUCUGAUGAGCUGAAAAACAGUAAAAAGCGGGAGGAUUUGGGGCAGCAGGAGAGGAAACCCCCUUCCUCCGCCGCCUCCCUGCCCCAGGCAUGUUGGCGCUGCUCCGCUGAGACGUGCAGAGUUUGGGGUUAACUCGCACCUGAUCGCCCUGGAAUAGAGACGCUCCGGACCGGAUCGGUUGGGGUUUGUGGUCUAUGUCUUGUUGGGAAAUCCGGCGGAUUUUUUUCUCGCUCGUGGAGGAAGAGCCCUGUCCUGGCUGUUGGCUUCGUGGUCUAUUUUGGAGGGCGAAGGAAGGGAAGGGAUCUUGCUUGAGCCGUACACAGAGGGAGCUCGGACAUGUGUUGUCAGCACAUCUGGGGAAUACAGUCUGCAAGUCCAGAAGGAAAAUUGCUGGGAUCGUUCGAACUGCGAUAUUGAUCUUUGUUAUUUUUUUUCGCCGAGGGAUGCACUUGGCAUGAGAAUCGGAGGAUGGAAAUUGUUUGGGAGGUGCUUUUUCUUCUGCAAGCGAAUUUCAUUGUCUGCAUUUCAGCUCAACAAAAUUCACCAAAAAUCCAUGAGGGCUGGUGGGCAUAUAAGGAGGUGGUCCAGGGAAGCUUCGUUCCAGUUCCCUCCUUUUGGGGUUUGGUGAACUCAGCUUGGAAUCUUUGCUCUGUUGGGAAAAGGCAGUCACCCGUCAAUAUCGAAACCAGCCAUAUGAUUUUUGAUCCAUUCUUAACUCCACUUCGCAUCAACACAGGGGGAAGAAAGGUCAGCGGGACAAUGUACAAUACAGGGAGACAUGUUUCUCUACGAUUAGACAAAGAGCAUUUGGUCAACAUCUCUGGAGGGCCGAUGACAUACAGCCACCGCUUAGAGGAAAUCCGGUUACAUUUCGGCAGUGAAGACAGCCAGGGAUCAGAGCACCUUCUCAAUGGACAGGCGUUCUCUGGGGAGGUUCAACUGAUCCACUACAACCAUGAAUUGUACACAAACAUCACAGAAGCUGCAAAGAGUCCUAAUGGGUUGGUAGUAGUCUCCAUAUUUAUGAAAGUAUCUGAAUCAUCAAAUCCAUUUCUAAAUCGUAUGCUUAACAGAGACACUAUAACAAGAAUAACGUAUAAAAAUGAUGCAUACUUACUACAGGGGCUUAACAUUGAGGAGCUUUACCCAGAGACCUCUAGUUUCAUUACAUAUGAUGGGUCAAUGACAAUUCCACCCUGCUACGAAACAGCAAGCUGGAUAAUAAUGAACAAACCCGUCUACAUAACAAGAAUGCAGUAAAUGAAUGGCUCCUCAAGUAAGACAGAGCAGGCAGAAUCCAUAACCUCAGUGGAAUGCUACUACUGUGAUUGACAUAAUCUAGAAUGCACCCAAACUCACUCUCUCUUUGGGUUCGUGACAGCAUGUGCAAGCAUGCUGUAGGAAUUAAGCUGCCAUGUUGGAAACUCAACUUAAAAUUCAUUCAUAUGGUCGGUGGUAAUAAAAAAUAAAAAUAAAAAGACAAUAUUACAGUAAACGUGAUUACAAUUUUGAUACAGUUUUCCUGAACUAAUUUAGAGUCACACACACACACAAAAAUAAAAAUAAAAAAAUUAAAAAACAAAAAAAGAAAGAAAGAAAAAAAAGACUUUUCAGCCUUUGUACAUACGAAAUUCUUCCUCUUUUCCCCUCUUUCCCUCAAAAUAAAAGAAAAAAGAGAAAAAAGGUGGCUUGGUGCAGCAUCAAAGUGGAGUUGUGUUCUGUGUGCCAAGUAAUCCUUGGAAAGCUCUCAUUAUUUCACUAUCAUUAAUGGAUACUGACAAGACAGAACGAGAAGACUGUAGAGCAAACUUAUUUCUAGAUUAUGAUCCUUCUGUUCAUUUAAUUAAAAAAAGGGACAGACUGAGAGAUAAGUAUUGUAAAUAUAUCACUGCAGAAUACAAAGGAAAUUUAAAUAUUUCCCUCUGUCACAUAUCUGUUGUAGGAUUUGCCAAAAUCAGAACUGAUCCAUUUUCUGUUUCUUGUUUUACAACAGGUCAUACGUUGUGUUGGUUACUAAUAACAACUCAAUAAAUGUGUUUAACAAAUUAAUUUAGUAAACUUGCUUUGGUUUAUUUUUUUUUCCUUUCUGAAAUAACAAGCCUAUAAGUAUUUGUGGCUGCAAUGUUUGUGUUUUUGUUGACUUUCUCUUCUUUUUUUUUUUUUCUUUUUUUUUCUUUUAAUUUCAUUUAUUUGUUUGCAGCCAAUUUAAGUCAGUUAAUGGCAAUUGUGAAUGCAGUUAAAUCCAGUAUAACUUUAACUCAGCUUUACGGUCAAUCAUUAACAGAAGCCGGGCUCAGAAAGAGAUUGCAGUUAAAACAUCUCAGUUUCAAACUGUCAUUUCCCCCUUUCAAUUCAUUACGGUGACAAACAAAUUCAACCCAGUAAAUUGGUGGUGGAAGCACACAUAUUUUCUUUGCAGAUAAAGCAGGAGCUGACCAAGUUAGAGGGAAUGCCUUUUUUCUUGUUUAUAAUGGUCAUUCACUGUGUUUGGUUACUGUCAAGAACUAAAUAAAUGUGUUUAACAAGUUGA